AUGCCACUACCUGCUCCUAGUGAUCAAAUCGCCACGUCCAUACUCAAUGGCUCCAUCUUCAUGCCAUCUGUGCUGACACUCAUGGGGAUUCCAGGCCUGGAGUCCGUGCAGCAUUGGAUCGGGAUUCCAUUCUGUGUCAUGUACUUCAUUGCUGUGAUUGGGAAUUCUCUAAUUCUAGUUAUAAUCAAAUAUGAAAGCAGCCUCCAUAAACCCAUGUAUAUAUUUUUGGCCAUGCUGGGGGCCACAGACAUUGCACUCAGCACCUGUAUUCUUCCCAAAAUGCUAGGCAUCUUCUGGUUUAAUUUGCCAGAAAUUUCUUUUACAGCCUGCCUUCUGCAGAUGUGGCUUGUGCAUUCAUUCCAGGCAAUCGAAUCAGGUGUCCUACUGGCAAUGGCCCUAGAUCGCUAUGUGGCCAUCCAUGACCCCCUGAGACAUGCCACCAUCUUCUCCCAAAAGCUCUUGACUCACCUCGGAGUAGGAGUGACACUCAGGGGUGCCAUUCUUGGAGCUCCAUGCCUGGUGCUUAUCAAAUGUCGUCUUAAAAUGUACAGAACUACACUGGUCUCCCACUCUUACUGUGAGCACAUGGCCAUUGUGAAGCUGGCCACUGAAGACAUCUGGAUCAACAAGACCUAUGGCCUGUUUGUUGCCUUCACCAUCUUAGGGUUUGACAUAAUCUUUAUCACCUUGUCCUAUGUUCACAUCUUUAUCACUGUCUUCCAACUGCCCCAGAAGGAGGCACGACUCAAGGCCUUUAAUACAUGCAUUGCCCACAUCUGUGUCUUCCUGCAGUUCUACCUCCUUGCCUUCUUCUCUUUCUUCACACACAGGUUUGGUUCUCACAUACCACCUUAUGUCCACAUCCUCUUAUCAGACCUUUACCUGUUAGUCCCCCCGUUUCUCAACCCUAUUGUGUAUGGAGUGAAGACCAAACAAAUUCGCGACCAUGUCCUGAAAAUAUUUUUCUCCAAAAAAUCAUCUUGA